GAGAAUAUUUUAAUCCCAUUUAAAAUGAAAUUAGCUGGACGGAAGACAUUAGACUGAUCUACAGCAAGAUUGAAUGAAAUUUAAUCGAUUUUCAUCCCGUUUCCUUCAAUGACUCUCAACAGGCUUGACCUUACAACGUACAAUGCGAGUCAAGAAGAAACACCAGCCAUUGUACGCAGGUCUAGCCGACGACGAGGAAGACAACAAAGCGGAGACGAAGAUGCCGUCGUUACCUGUGACUGCUAUAAUUCCCAGAAUUUGGUACCGCGACCCAGCUCAGAUUUGGGAGAACCUCCAGUUACCUGUGCUCACCUCGGAACCCCUAGGGCGUCUGGGGAACGUCAUGGGGGAGUACGCCACUCUCCUGGGGCUCGGUCGAGUCUAUGGGGCGACGGUCAGACUGCAUCCCAAGAUGGAAAGGAAGUUGAAGCCGACUUUCCCCAACAUUAGCAUGGAGCUUAUCCCAGGUGAAGUAGCUGGUGAAGACGAAAUGUGUGGAGGACGCAGACGUCGUGGGGUCAGGUGCUCUCCCGAUGAUCUUAGUAUUCCUGACGAUGUCGUCCUCUCUGUGUAUGUUUCUGCGGUGUACUGCAAGGGCGUGCUGCCUAAUGGCGCCCUCCUGGGCGUGAUACCGCUCGAGUAUGACCCUCACCUCAUCGGUAGAAUUUUUGAGGAGAAGAUCCGCGACUCCCCCGGUGCGGGAACCAUGGCGUCCUUAGACGUUGAGUCCCUAUUCACCAACGUCCAGAAGUUUCGGGAGGACAAUUCCAAGUACUUGACAGGUGUCACGAUAGGAGUCCACGUCAGAAGGACAGACUACAUGCACGCCAUGACGCUAUUCAAAUCAGUGGUUCCUGAGCAUGCGUACUUCAAGAGGGCUACGGACUACUACCGAGAGAAACACCCAGGUUGCCGAUUCCUCGUCUCCUCAGAUGACUUGUCCUUCGCCAAGAGAUCCUUCGGUGCCUAUACGGACGUCGUAUUCACACCAGGCUCCGCUCCAGCGGUGGACAUGGCGCUGCUGGCGUCCUGCAAUCACAGCAUCAUCACCGUGGGCAGUUACGGUUUCUGGUGUGGGUACCUUUGCGGGGGCGAGGUCGUGUACCCCGACAUCGCAGUCAUGCCCUCCUACACUUUCCAGAGGACUUGGUACGAAUAUGGGCAGCUCAAGAAUUUCACUCCUCUGCCGCCAUAAAGGAGGAGAGGACUGGAUUGCUUGUCUGAUCGACUGAGGUUGGUCGCUAGAUGGGAGGAGAAGGAUCCCACAUAAUAUUAAUAUAUAAUAUAUUUAAAUUUAUGCGUGUAUUGAUUUAAUUAUAUUUCAGCUACGAUGCAUUCUAAAUAUUCUAUACAAAAGCUUUGCAGCGUUCAUUACAUGAUAUCUAGCAAGUAAGUUACUGACUUUCACAAAUAAUGAUUACUUAAAGAACAUGAGUACGUGCAGCAUGUGCAUAUGAUUCUUUAAUUCGUUAACUGAUCACGUAAUGGUUUCACUUUGGAAUCACUCUUUUUCUGGAACUGACUCAGUUUUACGAUCAAACAGCUGUAAUCGGAAAUAUGUAAUAUAACUUAGUAAAAUAAUAAGAUCAUUCUCGGGACCAGCAGAGCGGAAACUGGAGCAAGUCAUGCAAAAGAAAAAGAAAAAAAAAAAACACACACACACACAAAAAACACAAAAAAACGGGGCUUUGAGUGUCUUCGAAGGUGAAUAUACUUUUUGGACCAACUACUGUGCAUCCAGUUUGAUGCAGAUUUAAACUGCCUUUACAGAAGAAUUUCCUACUAGGAUGUCCAGUCUGGGGGGUUUCCAGAGAGGAAAUGGCAGGAUAGGACUUCCAGAGUUAGCUAUCAUUCUUUGUGUUUCCAGACCGUGGGGAUUUCAAACUGAGGUUACAGAUUCCAGACUGGGGUUUCAAAAUGGGGAUUCCAUACCUGGCUUAUAGACUGGGGAUUCCAGCCUGGCAGUUCCGGAUUGGGGGUUAUAGAAUGGAGGUUCCAGGCUGUGGGUUCCGCCAGGGGGCUACGGAGUGGGUAUUCCAGACUGGAGGUUCCACUCUGGGGGUUCCAAACUGGAGAUUCCAGACUGAGGGUUCCGGACUGGGUAUUCCAGACAGGUUAUUUCAGACUGGGGAUUUCAGGGAUUACAGAUUGUGGGAUCUAGACUUGGGGUUCCAGACGAGGACUCCAGACGGGGUAUUCCAGACUGGGGAUUCCAGACUGGUGCUAACAGACGGUCAGUCAUUUAAGAAUGUACCAAAGAACAUGACGCCCUUGUAAUUUAUUGAAUCAAAAACCUUCGAGAGGA